AUGAAGGCCGAAGAGUUGAUGCUGGUCCGGUCCAUCCAAGCGGCUUUGGCCAGGUCUCCGGGAGCAUCCUUGGAGAAGAAAGAUGUGACCAGCUCAAACCUGGCGGGCCCCAGACUGGCCGCUGUGGACAAAGUCUCCCUGCAGACACUUGAGGCCGAGGAGUUGAUGCUGGUCCGGUCCAUCCAGGCGUCGUUAGCAAGGUCUCCGGCAUCCCUGGAGAAGAAAGCAAUGGUUCCCUUUGGGCGGGGAAUCCUGCAAGGGCUGGAGGACUUGAAGCGGUCCUUGGCUGGCAAGGGGCCCACCUCUUCUGGUCCGCUGCCACCAAGAGAGGAGCUGAGUUGGCUAGGGCCGAGCUGUGGAAGUCCAUGCCAGGGCUGCCCACAGCAGGACAUAUCUCUGCCGUCAGAAGAUGCGGAGCCAAAGGUGUUGCUCGAGCUGCAAGCUCUGGUCAAGCAGCAGCUAGAGAAAGGAGAGGAGCGUGCAGCCAACCACGAGCAGCAAAUCUUUGUGGCGCGAGAGGCCAUGGUCCACGAGCAAGAGGAGCUGCAACGGAGGCAGCACCGCUGCAAGGAACUGGAGAUGGAGAUCGCGCUCCAGAAAAGGGAUUUGCAACACUCGAAGGAGUGGCAGAGCUGGCAGCAGGAAAGGCAUUCCGCCGACCUGCGCCACCAAGCGGAAGUCUUGGAGCUGAAGUACGAGGCAAGUGCCCUUGCCGAGCAAGAAGCAUGGCAGCAGAUGGACGUUCUCUUCCAGACCGCGCAGCGGCGACAAGUGGAGCACCUGAAAGAGCGGGAGAUGCAAGACCUCGCAGCGUCCUUUGAGGCGGAGCGCUUCCUCGCAACGGAGCUUCGCACGCAAACGCGGCAGGACUCUGCCAAACUAAAGCAGUUGAGGGAGCUGACCGCGCGCCUUGCAGGCCGCGAGCUGGAGAUCCUGGCGCUGGAAGGGGCGGUGGAGGCGCAGCGGGCUGCAGAGGAGCGCCGUGCCCGGACAGCAGAGGAGCUCCGCUCGUCGGAGCGUCAGCAGCGUGAGGCGCAGGAGGCCAGCCAGCAGGAGGCCGCUGCGUGCCAGCGGGUCGAAGAGGCCUCUCGAGAGGCCUUGCAGGCGGAGGCUGCCCAGGCAGAGGUCCGGGCAGCGGAGGCAGCACGCUUCCGGCAGGCGCUUUGUGCGGAGGAGGCGAGCUACCACGCGGAAUGCCGCCACUUGGCGGAGUGUGCAGAGGCCUUGCGGCGCUCCGAGGAGCGUGAGGCCACAAAGGCCACAACCAUGGCUGCGGAGGCCACUGAGCACCGGGCGCGGGAGGAGGCGUUGGAGCAGCGCAUCCAGGACCUGCAGCGGCUCGUGGACACUCGGGCCGAGAAACCCGAACCGGAAAAGCCACCUGAGCCACGGUCGGACUCCUCAGACUACUUCGCCUCAGCGGAGGACGAGCUGGACCGGCUGUUGGAGAAGGAGAUCCGCCAACUGGGCAUCGGAUGCCUGAAAGGAAAUGUGCUGACGAGAACCGGGCCAAAGAAAUACAAGCUCGGAGAGCAGAAGGUGUUCAUGCAGCUGGCAGAUGGUGGAGUCACCGUGCGCGUCGGGGGAGGAUACGUUCCCCUGGUGCAUUGGGUACGGGAACUUGCUGCUCCUGGAGACAAAGGCUCUGACGAUCCAUUUCAAGCACUGGAUGCAACAUCACCAUUUGCUGCGGUGUGA